AUGGACGACGAUAAUGAAGUCCGUGCAAAGGUUGAGAAGUACAUGCGAAUGAUUGCAAAUGAAGAUAAGAUGGGUCAUGCAUUAAAACGGUUGGAUAAUAUAAAGAUGACACUAGAUUUAUUAUCUGAGACGGGUGUCGGUAAAGUUGUGAAUCAAUUACGGAGUCAUAAACAUUAUGGUGACUUGGCGUUGCGUAUCGUUAAUAAAUGGAAAGAUAUUGCUCGAAGUCAUGGAUUGAAACAACGGAAGAGUCGUUCGUCGUCAUCAAGUUCAGAACAUGAAGAAAGUCCUGUGAGGGAUGAAGAAAGUCCUGUGAGGGAUGAGGAAAGUCCUGUGAGGGAUGAAGAAAGUCCUGUCAGGGAGUCGAAAAAAGAAAGAAUCGAUAACGACGAUAAUUCUGACAAUGAUCGGUACAGUAAGGAGGAUGAUAGAACAACUCACAACAGAUUAUCGAAAAACAAGGUGUCAUCGUCAAAAUCAAAAACUGCUGGUGCAUCAGGGUCGGGAUGUAUCAGUUUCGAAGAGAUGUUAGCACUGGGUGAUGUGGCGAAGCCGGUAAAACCAAAGAAACCGAAAUUGGAAUUGGGUGAUUGGAAUUCAUCACAAGUUGAUGUUAAUUAUAGACCAUCAAAAAGACUUAAUUACGAACCAACACCUAUUGUGAAAGAGCAUCAUGCUGGUUUAUCGGAAGCACUAACGAUGGAUGCAUCAAUGUUCAAACCCCGUAAAGAUAUGCGUAAAAUAUAUGCUGGUCGUCCGAAGGGUGAUCUCCAGGUGCCAUCGUUAUCCAACAUUUGUAUACGUGUUCUGUGUUCAAAUAUUGACGCAAUCGAGGAAGUUGGUGAUACGCCUUAUUACCUUUUGAAACCGGUUUUGGAGAAGUGUAAUCCGGAACAGUUGACGUAUAUUGAACGGAGAAACCCGCAUUUAAUGGAGGAUAGUGAUGAAAUUUGGGAGAAAAUUGUGAAUCGUACGUAUCCAAAAUGUCAAACAGCUGAUGACGAAACAUGGAGGGAAUGUUAUACGCGAUUGUGUACGGAGACGGAUCGUAAAUUGAAACUGUUAUCGUCUCGUAUAACACAGCAUAGUCGUGAGGCGGCAGUACCUCAGCGUAAAGCAUUACUUGCUGAUGCAAAAGCACCGCGUGAGGUUCGUCGAAGACAGAUUAAAUAUGGUACCUCGCACAUGAAUCAUGCCCUACCGAACGCUUCCGAAAUAUCACAAGCUAGAAGGGCCAUUUUUGAAAAAGGCAGUAAAGAUGCACUAUCAAAUUUACCUCAGUCCGUCCGUAAUGCGAAUUCAACUUUGGGAUCACACCACUCUGAAAGGAAGAAACAACCGGCGAAGAAAGGUGCUUUGAUGGUUAAAACGCUCAAAAUGUUGAAAGGACAUAAUCGAAAGUAA